ACGAAGUUCAAAGUAAGCUUUCUUCAUGUAGAGCGGCUGGGCCCAUAUUUUGAGCUUUAACGCUGAACUAUACUAUCACGGCAAAAAUGACAAACAAAUCUUUUCUCGUCAACGUGGAUAAAUGGAUUACUGAAAAUGAAAACUCUUUCUUGCCACCAGUAUGCAACAAACUAAUGUUCUUUUAUCAGCUUAACAUCAUGUUUGUUGGGGGCCCAAACGUUAGGAAGGAUUACCACAUAGAAGAGGGUGAAGAGCUUUUUUACCAGGUCAAAGGCGACAUGGUGCUGAAAGUGGUCGAGAACGGCAAGCAUAAGGACGUGCAUAUCCGUGAGGGAGAGAUGUUCCUGCUGCCCGCACGCAUCCCUCACUCGCCUCAGAGGUUUGCCAACACAGUAGGACUGGUGGUAGAGAGACGAAGACUCCGCACAGAGACAGACUGCCUCAGGUACUAUGUGGACAACUCCACCGACAUCCUGUUUGAGCGCUGGUUCUAUUGCGAAAACCUGGGGACCCAGCUGAUACCCAUUAUUAAAGAGUUUAUGGAUUCGGAGCAGCACAGGACUGGAAAACCCGAUCCAGCGGAGCCCACCAAACCAGCCCCUUUCCCCCUUAACGACAUGAACGUGAUGACACCCUUUAACUUCAAAGAGUGGGUGGAGAAGCAGCGACCCUCGCUGGCCGGCGGAAAACCACUGGAUAUGUUUGGAGCUCAGUUUGAGACUGAGACUAUGCUGUAUGGUGCGGGAGAGUCAGAACUUUCCAGAAGAGAAACUGAUGGCUGGAUCUGGCAGUUGGAAGGAUCAUCAAGUGUUACCAUGAACGGCCAAGAAUUCAGUCUUUCAGUUGGCGACAGUCUCCUUAUACUAGGACAAACCGAUUAUAAGUGGAAGCGGACAGAGGGCUGUAUCGCACUGUAUGUUGCUCAAGAUCAUGCACGGAAGAGACUGUUCUGAACCGGGUCAACACGCUGACCUUAAAUGCUGAUUUUGGAUCAGAGUAGUCUGUAAACUAAUCUUAACACAUAUAACACAGAGACCCUCUAAGUGCCUGCUUCUGACUUGUAGCACUGCUGUGUAAAGAGUAUCUGCUACACCAGUAAGCAAGAAGCAUUGUGAUCAUAGAAAUCCUAGUUUAAUUACUGGUUAUUCGUUAAUCAUUUUUGUUCCUAGAUUUAGAACCAAGAACUGCGAAGACAGAAUGUUUGAAAUAGUCUAAGGCACUGAAUGCCUGAGUGAAGACAGACAGCUGGAAAUGUCGGUCAGCAAAUUUAUAACUGUUAUGUUUUGUUCUAAGCCAAAAAUAGUUUCUAGUUGAACCGCAUAUUGCUUCCUGUUUUGUUGAACUUGACAUCACUACAUCUUGCACAAAUUCACACAUUUUUUCUUCAGAUGUUCCACCAAUGCCUCCCCUAUUUAGAAUUUGCAAGAUUAGAUUGAGUUAAUGAAAGUUAAUGAUGGCAGUUUAAGAUGCAAGAUAAUCCAACGAUGUUUACAGGAUCAUGAAUCUUUUUUUUUCUGUAAUGUUAGAAUAGAGCAAUAAAAAACAAACAGAUUUGUA